CAGCCGCCAGCAGACCAAGAAAACCUAGAACUAAAUAAGAGGCCAUAAGAGGGCAAAAUCCCCGUUCGUUUGGGGAUUCGAAUGCUGUGAAUUUUGUGCACGCUUUUCUCUUCACCCCCCUCCACCCCAUCCUACCCGCCACCCGUGACAUGGAUUCGGCGGAUUUGGGUUAUUCCUCUCCUCGUGAUGGCGGCUCGAAGCCGUCGUUUCACCCUGAUUCCCCGUCGGCUGAUGAUAAGGAGAAAACCACACACAUAAGAUUCCUUGUGUCAAAUACUUCAGCUGGUUCAAUCAUUGGAAAGGGAGGAUCAACCAUUACUGAUUUUCAGUCACAAUCUGGGGCUCGCAUUCAGUUAUCAAGAAACCAUGAAUUCUUUCCUGGAACGCCUGAUAGGAUUAUCAUGCUUUCGGGAGGAUUUAAUGAAAUUUUUAAGGCGAUGGAGUUAAUUCUUGAGAAAUUGUUGAAUGAGGAUGAAGAAAAUCAUGAGGCUGAUACUAGGAUGAAAGUGAGACUUAUUGUUCCAAAUAGUUCAUGUGGUGCCAUUAUUGGAAAAGGUGGAUCUACCAUAAAGUCGUUUAUUGAAGAAUCCCAGGCUGACAUCAAGAUAUCACCUCAAGAUAAUAAUUAUGCUGGGUUCACUGAUAGGCUAGUUACUGUGACUGGAUCCUUGGAAGAACAAUUAAGAGCAAUCUAUCUAAUAAUGUCAAAGUUAGCAGAAGAUGCUCAUUACCCACAAUCAUUGAAUUCACCAUUUCCAUAUGGAGGGGCAAAUUUUUCUGCCUUCCCCGCUGCUCCUGUUGGCUACGUGAUACCUUCUAUGUCUUAUAAUGCAACAAAUUACGGGCCUAAUGGCAUUGGAGGAAGACACACUGGUUCCAAGGGGGCAACUUCUGCAAGGUCACCUGCGGGGACCGCCGAUGCCCAAGGAAGUUCAGUGACCUUCGGUGUGGCAGAUGAACAUAUUGGAGCUGUAGUAGGUCGUGGAGGCAGAAACAUUAUGGAAAUUACUCAGAUUAGCGGUGCCAAGAUCAAAAUUUCAGAUAGAGGAGAUUUCAUGUCUGGCACUUCAGAUAGAAAGGUAACAAUUACUGGAGCCCCGGAAGCGAUUCGUACAGCUGAGGCUUUGAUAAUGCAGAGGGUUUCCGCUAAUACUGAGAGGUGAUAUUUCGUGCCUGUUGACUGGCUUCUGUCAUCCUUAUCCGGUUCCAGCUUUUGGGGAUUUUCUCACGCUUGGUUUUAUGAGAUUUUGCGGAAAUUUCUGUCGGAUGACAUGAAAAAAAACUCGCACAUUGGGUGGAAAUAUAUAUAAAGCUGAGAUUGUACUGUUGUAUUGGUUCUGUUUUUUGACCGUUGAGAUGGUAAGCCUUUUCAUGCUGUUGAAUUUAUACGAAUUUAAAGCUUUUAAAUUCAAAUUUGUGGCUUGAAUUUUUUA